CCAGAGGAGGCACUCAGACAGAGACUCCUUACUCUAACUUUCACAGCAAUCUGUUUCUCAGCCUCUACAUAUCUGAGUGGCACUAGAUGACAGAAGUAUUUGGUUUUCCUGAUCUGGAAUUUGGGAUUAACUGACAGAAUAAAGUUUGGAAUUUGCGAACUUCAGAACACUGGAAUGUCAACAGCUUUCAUACAACACUUUGGAAACUGUCAGAAGGGGACUGACAAGAACUACUGAAUACUGGAAGAAAGAAGUUUGAGAAGCAGAGAGCUUGUAGGAGCUAAUGACUUGACACUGGCCGCUCAGACCAUGAUGAAUCCCCAGUAUUCCCCCUGAGGUCAGACAGGGAAGACGAGUUCACCUGGACACGUCUCACAGGUCCUGGUGUGCCCAUGCGGUGGUCCAUGUUAGCUCUGCUGCUCCUGUUCUGCAGCCACAAUUUGGCACUGCGCGCGGGUGAUAUCUGCCCACAGGACAGCAACCAUGAGCAGACAGCUGACCCUACGCCCACUGUGGACCCCAAACUCUUCAACAAGAGGCGCUACCGGUCGCCUCGUGUGUUUUUCAGCGAACAGCCACCUGACUCAGAGCCGGAAGAACACCAGGGAUCAAAGAACAGGACGAAGAGGCGGGCAGGACAGCCACAGAAUCGUGGUGUGUACUCAGUGUGUGAGAGCAUCAGCUUCUGGGUGGGCAAUAAAACAAAAGCAACAGACAUCUCAGGCAACGAGGUAACCGUGCUGCCUGAUGUCAACAUCAAUGACGUCAAGAAAAAGCAGUACUUCUUUGAAACAGUGUGCAGCGGGGCCAGAACUGGGGGCUCUGGCUGUCUGGGAAUUGAUGUGCGCCACUGGAACUCAUACUGCACCAACUCCCACACAUUUGUGAGAGCAUUGACUUCUUUUAAGAACCUGGUGGCUUGGAGACUUAUUAGGAUCAACGUAGCCUGUGUGUGUGUGCUCAGCCGCAAGUCGUGGAGACAAUGACAGUCUUUUAAGUCUGUCAUAUAAAGUUUGACUUGUAUGUUGGUCAUUAUAUGCCUGAUAUUCCAACCCAAUAGCAAUAAAAUAAUUUUUAAAAAAAACAUAGAAUGCAAUCAUCAAUAAAAAGUUUAUGAACAAGGCAUUCAUUUGAUAUGCCUUAUUACUAUCAAUCAUGCUAUGGCCUUAUGAGAGUCUAUAUCAAGCCAUAUGGUGAAAUCUGUAGCAGAACAUUAGUAUCCUAUUAUUUUUCAAGAUGGACAUGCUUAGUUUUCUUUGCUGACUACAGAGAUUACAGAGAAUGAAAAUGCUUGUUUAUGAUGACUGCAUAUGUUAUGCAUAUUUUGUUAUUGUUAUUGCGAUUGUUAUUUAUUAAAUCUGGAGCAAUAAUAUUUUUCAGUGUAUUGCGGACUUAGCAAUGAGAUUUAUUAAAUCUGAGACUGAGUUACA